UUCUUCCCUUUUUCUUCUCUACGCGUCAUCAACAGUUGUCUUCAUUCUCUCUCAAAUCACUCUUUGAUCCAUCUCUUUCACUCGCAACUUCUGUUUUCACUUCAAUUUCGGAAAUGGAGGCUAUAAGAAAGCAAGCCACCAAACUCAGGGAACAAGUGGCCAAACAGCAGCAGGCUGUAUUAAGUCGACUGGGGAAAGAUGCUGAAAUAUUUGAUGACGAGGAACUUCAUCGUCACCAAAAGCUUCAAGAUCUCUAUAGCUCUACAAGGGUAACUAAGCAUUUCCAAAAGGACAUUGUUCGUGGUGUUGAAGGUUUUAUUUCAAUAAGCACAAAGCAAAUGCAAAUGGCAAAAAGGUUGGCUGAAGAUUGUUGCAAAUUUGGGACUGAGAAUGUAAAUGCUGGUUUUCCCCUUGCAAGGAUUGCUCAGGAACUUGGAACUUCACAUAGUUCUAUGGAAGAGAAGAGGGAAACUAUGCUUGAGAUACUUAACAAUCAGGUAUCUGGGCCACUAAGAGCAUCAAUAAGAGGAUCUCCUUUGGAGGAUGCUCGUCACUUGGCUCGGAGUUGUGACAAACUCCGCCAAGAAGUUGAGACACAGGCCGUGGAAGUAUUAAGACGCCAAACAAAGGUCAGAGAUCCUAGUGUAGAGAGCGCCUUAAAACUCAGGAACAUGGAAAGUAAGUUGAGCAAGCUUAGAUCUUCCAUGGUAACACUUCAGAAAGAAGCAAUCUCUGCUAUGUUGUCGGUGGAGGAACAACAACAACAAAUAACCUUGCAAAAGCUUGUUAUGAUGGUGGAUACUGAAAGAUCUUAUCACCGCGAUGUUUUGGCUAUCCUAGAGGAGCUACAUGCUGAGAUGAUUUUGGUGAUGCAUAUACAAGAUUCAUCUCAAUCUGCUGCAGAGAGAGAUAUUUUUGUUGCAUCUGGGGAUGCCACUCAAUGUGUACAUGACAAGCAUCUGAACAAAAAUCAAGAUUAUGACUAUUUUAUUGGAAAGGUCAUUCAUCCGUUUGAUGCUCAAGCUGAUGGUGAGUUGAGCCUAACCGUUGAUGAUUAUGUUAUAGUUCGCCAGGUGUCUCCUAAUGGAUGGUCUGAAGGUGAAUGCAACGGAAAGACGGGGUGGUUUCCUUCGGCAUAUUUGGAAAGGCAAGAAACACAAAAAAAAAGGUAACUAGUUGCUUCUGGAAAUGUAUAUUACAUAGCUAAUAUUGCAUUAGUUGUAUGUAUGUAUGUAUGUAAUUUUGGCUACAUGUAUAUGGGAAUGAUGAAGAUGAUCCUGUACAGCUUCUGAAAGCUUUCACCCUGCUACGCGUUUAUGGGUUUUUUGAUUGGUUUGUUUCACAAUACGACGUGAUACAAUCGUUGUAUUCGAUAUUUACCAAGUAGAAGCUGCUUGUGAGGAGCAUCGGUAUCGUAAGAUGUUUUGAAUUGUAACGGUCUUUGGUUUGGAAAUGCUUAUUGAGUUCAUGGUGA